AAAGAGGAAGAAAAAAAAUCACAGAGAUACAAUGUGUGACAGUCACAGCCCUUCACAGCACCGGACACUGAGGAAGAGCAUCCUGACGGACACCGGCCUAAGUGGUGUGAAUCCUGAUCAACACUACUGGAAACAGGAAGAGCAGGUGGGACCAUAUCCUUUCUGCUUCACCUGGGUUUUUUUAGAUGGAAAGGGAAACCUAUAUGAACUUUGCUUCUUAGAGCCGGGGCUUUCCUGGAUGAUAAUACUUUUUGAUGGAUCAUGAUCCACUCUGGUUGCUCUCCACUGAACUCACCUGAGAUGUCGAGCGGCCUCCUGUGGGCUUGCACUGCACUUGUUUUGAUGUCUGCAGAAGUUUCUACACAUGUGUAAAUACGUCCAGAUGUUCAAAUCUGAUUGGAGGAUCAAAGAAAAAUCUACGUCCCAGACAUUGACAGAGAUGGUUUCAACACAAACACUAGACAAACUGAAGAGAAAACAACAUUUACACAUGGAGAAGCCUGGUUCUAUCUCGAGCCGGUGAAGUAUGGAGAAAGCUGUGCCAGGUCUGAUGCUGGGUCUCCUGACCAAUCACACAACUCCAAAUGACACGUCCGGCCAGUGGAUCACAACCAAGCCUACCCCUCCCAGCAUGGAGGAGGUCAUCCACUCGGAAUCCCAGAUUAAGGAUCUUGUUGGGUUGUUUUGCAUGGUGACCCUUAACCUGGCAGCACUAUUGGGCAACAGCGGAGUCAUGGUGGCCAUUGCCCGAGCUCCUCACAUGAAAAAAUAUGUGUUUGUUUGUCAUCUUUGUGCAGUUGACUUGCUUUGUGCUAUAUUGUUGAUGCCUCUCGGGAUAGUGUCUAGUUCUCCGUUCUUUAGCACUGUAGCGUUUACCGUUCUGGAGUGCCAGGUGUACAUCUUUUUAAACGUGUUCCUCAUCUGUGCCUCUAUUCUUACCGUGACUGCGAUCAGUAUUGAACGCUACUACUAUAUUGUUCAUCCUAUGCGAUACGAGGUAAAGAUGACUCUAAACCUUGCACUUGGGGUUAUGGUCUUCAUUUGGGUCAAAUCCAUCCUGUUGGCUUUGGUUACGCUUCUCGGUUGGCCAGCGUAUGGGAACCAGAGCUCCAUCGCAGCGGCCCAUUGCUCUUUACACUGGAGCCACAGUCGCCUCAGGAAGGUUUUUGCUAUUCUCUUCAGCGUGCUUUGCUUCUUGGUCCCUGCUGUUGUGAUUUUUGCAGUAUAUUGCAAUGUAUACAAAGUCGCACGAACAGCUGCCCGUCAGCACGUACCACUGCCCAGCUGGGCGGCCAACCAAGCUAAGCGUCGCUCGGAUUCCAUCAACAGCCAGACCACUAUCAUCACCACCACCCGCAGCCUGCCCCAGAGAUUGUCUCCUGAGAGAGUUUUUGGUGGCGGAAAGGCUGCUAUCACCCUGGUUGUCAUUGUGGGCCAGUUUCUUAUCUGCUGGCUCCCGUACUUCAGUUUCCACCUUUACAUGUCCAUCACCACUCCGCUUCAGAGCCCAGGGGACAUCGAAGAAGCCGUCACUUGGCUAGCGUAUUCCUCGUUCGCUGUGAAUCCAUUCUUCUACGGCCUUCUGAACCGACAGAUCCGCGAGGAACUGAUAAAACUGAGAAAAUGUUGCGCCAGUAGACCUGUUGAACUUCGAGCCUCAAGUCACGAAGGUUCCAUCCAUGAAAACUUUCUUCAGUUUCUGCAAAGGACCAGCAGCACGGCUGAGACCACCAGACCCAGUUGUGGCAAUUCUAGUCCGAGGGAUACUGUGGAUCAGGGUGCCAGGUUACCUGGCCAGAUCCCUGAGGAAUGACUUGGAAAAUGUGGGAGUACUUGUAUGAAUAAAGGUCAUGACUUUUGAAUUUUUGUUUUUAUUAAGAAGAGCAUUAUAUGUGCAUGACUAAUUUUAUAUUUAAGGGUUAGUUCACCCAAAAAUGA